ACUCUCCCCACCUCAAAAUACCUGGUUUAGUUUUGGAAUCUACUUUUUAUUCCACGUCGAAAUGAAAAUAAUAUUUUUUCCAGGUCAGUGUUCAUAUGCACCAGCCAAAAUAGAAAUAUCUUCCCGUUUUUGUUUUUACAUACAUAUUUAAAUGUAUUGUGAGCAAUUAUGUAACAAAAAGAGAAAGCUUGGAUUGGAAAUGAGUGAAUAGGUGAAUAGGUAGUGAAACAAAAAUUCCACUCAGCCAACCAAAAACUAGGUAUAUGACCCUAAAAUACUACUUUAUUAAAUACAUAUUUAAUUCCUCCAUUAAAAUAAUCACUGAGCUUCAAUAACAACUUUGUUUGCUGAUAUGAUGAUAGCUGCAUUAUUGAGGAAAGUGUUUACUUGCUAUAACUGUGAUAUGUCGUUGUUUUGUGUAAAAUGCUUGCUUACGCCAAUCCAGUCGUCAGAUCAGUUAUAACCUACUUCAAGAGAGAGGAAGCUAGGACUCGAGAAUAAUGCGUAAGAUUAUUAGAAUAGGGCCCUGUCAGAAAGCAAAUAGAAGUGCAUAUUUAAAAUAUAUAAAAUUAUACCAUAUUAUUAAUGUAACAUAUUUAUUGCUGUGCUAUGAGUGUCCUUGUUUACUUUAUUAUGUACUUUCAUUCCUCAUUAUAUUCCCCAUAAAUAACACAUAUUAGCUGCAGUAAGGCGUAUUCGCAGACAGCUAAUUCAUUUAUUCAGCCAAUCAGACUCAAUAGCGUUGAACUUGGACUUUAAAAAUCUCGCGCUACUUUCUACAGACAGAGCGGUUUGGACAUUUCAGCCAAACAGCAAGACAGUUAAUUAGCCAUUCGUAGCAAAAGUAAUCAGUCAAGGCCAAAUUUAGCACACAAGAAGUGGUAAGCUUGUGGAACUGAUAAUUAGAUUUUCCAGCUAACCACACACCGCUAGUUAGCUAGCUACCGUAGUAUUACAGUUCUCUGUAGGAGAUGGGCGGAGAGAAGAAUGUUGGCCAAGCCAAAGGAGGGAAGGCCAAAGCGAAGACACCUAGACAGAGGCUGAGUGAUAAGGAAGGAAGCUCGGGUGGAGACGCACUUAGGAAAAGUACAAAGCCCAACAAGGAAAGAACUAAAGCCACAGCGAAGUCUCAGCGGGCGGAAAAAGUAAAAGUCCAGAAAAAGGUCAAGGCUUUCAAAACGGAGAGCGUGGAGAGCUUUGAUGAUGUGAGGUUUAAGUUGGCUGUAAAAGAGGAGCCUGAAGUUGAAGACUUUGUGCCAGAAAAUAGGGGGAAAAAGAGGAAAAGACCAGAGGAUGAACCCAUGGAAGGUCCCUCGUGUUCCAGUGCAACUCCAACGAAAUUGAAAGAGAAGGACGAGGCUGACCCGAGGACGGAGAAGAACACGGAGGGGAUAAAGAAAGAGAAGAAGCCAAAGAAAGAGGAGGCGGAGCAUCCAGUCACUACAAAGAAGAAGUCAAAGGAAGAGAUUGAGGCAGCAAAAGCGUUGAAGAUCAAAAAAAGAGAAGAAGAGGAGCAGCAGCGCUGGAGAUGGUGGGAAGAGGACAAGUAUGAAGAUGGUGUAAAAUGGAAGUUUCUGGAGCACAGGGGUCCCUUUUUCCCGCCGGAGUACCAGCAUCUCCCAGACAACGUUAACUUCUACUACAAUGGUAAAGUUGUAAAGCUGGGCCUUGCUGCAGAGGAGGUGGCCCUGUUCUUUGCUCAGAUGCUUGACCAUGAAUACACCACAAAAGAUGUGUUCCGAAACAACUUCUUCAAGGACUGGAGGAAGGAGAUGACCCUGGAGGAGAGGGUGCUAAUUAGUGACCUGAAUAAGUGUGACUUUCGGGAGCUCCACAACAUGCACAAGGAGAAGGUGGAGGCUAGGAAGGCCAUGAGCAAAGAGGAGAAACUGGUGAUGAAAGAGGCCAAUCAGAAGAUAGUGGAGGAGUAUGGCUUCUGUAUACUGGACCACCAUCGGGAACGCAUCGGCAACUUUAAGAUUGAGCCGCCAGGUCUCUUCCGAGGACGGGGGGAGCACCCCAAACAAGGCAUGCUUAAGAAGAGGAUCCAGCCGGAGGACGUCAUCAUCAACUGUGAAAAAAAGUCUUGUAUCCCAGAGCCCCCUGCUGGUCACCACUGGAAGGAGGUUCGCCAUGACAACACAGUGACCUGGCUGGCCAGCUGGAAUGAGAAUGUUCAGGGCUCCUGCAAGUAUGUCAUGCUCAACCCCAGCUCCAAACUCAAGGGUGAGAAGGACUGGGAGAAGUAUGAGGUGGCCCGACGGUUGAAAAGCUGUGUGAAUGGGAUCCGCCAGCAGUACCAGCAGGACAUCAAGUCCAAACAGAUGGAGACCCGCCAGAGAGCUGUGGCCCUUUACUUCAUAGAUAAGCUGGCCCUGAGAGCGGGAAACGAGAAGGAGGAGGGCGAGACGGCGGACACGGUGGGCUGCUGCUCCCUGAGGGUGGAGCACCUCACCCUCCACGACCUGCUGGAGGACAAGGACUGUGUGGUGGAGUUUGACUUCCUGGGUAAAGACUGUAUCCGCUACUACAACAAGGUCCCCGUCACCAAGAGGGUGUUCAAGAACCUCAAGCUCUUCAUGAAGAACAAGGAGCCUGGAGACGACCUGUUUGAUCGCCUCAACACGUGCUUGUUGAAUAAGCACCUGUCAUCCCUGAUGCCUGGCCUGACUGCUAAGGUAUUCAGGACUUUCAACGCCUCCAUCACCCUGCAGGAGCAGCUCCGACAGCUGUCCAACAUGACAGACAACCCGGCAGAGAAGCUGCUCUCCUACAACAGGGCCAACCGAGCUGUUGCAGUACUUUGCAACCACCAGCGGGUGCCGCCAAAGACCUUUGAUCAGUCUAUGGCCAACCUCCAGUCCAAGAUUGAUGGCAGGAGGGAGCAGUUGGCCCUGGCCAAGAGUGAGCUGAAGCUGGCAAAGAAGGAGGUCCAAGCUCACAGUUCAGACAGCAAGCUGCAGGCGGUGGUGGAGCGUAAGAAGAAGGCUGUGCAGCGCUGUGAGGAGCAGCUUAUGAAGAUGGAGGUUCAGGCCACAAACCGAGAGGAGAACAAGCAGAUCGCACUGGGCACCUCCAAACUGAACUACCUGGACCCACGCAUCAGCGUGGCCUGGUGUAAGAACAUGGAGGUGCCCCUGGACAAAAUUUAUAACAAAUCUCAGAGGGACAAGUUUGCCUGGGCUGUUGACAUGACCGGGGCAGAUUUUAUAUUCUAAGUCAGCCUCUACCCUUUAGUUCUACCUAAAUGUAAAGACUAGGAGGCAGAUUUUAUCCUCUGGUUUUAACUGCCCAUGUGUUGAACUACAGAACCCUUGAAUUUUCCCCUCCACUUCACAGCAAGUUUUUUCCAAGUUUAAUUGUUGUAUUGCUGUUGGCACUUUUUAAAAAAGUUUACUAUUGUUAAUGGUAAACUAAGAUGAUCUUCUGGAAAGUAUGGAGAACGUUUCCUUUUAUAAACAUUUAAUAAAGUUUC